AUGAAAUUGGUUGUUAUUGUUUCAAAUCAUUUGAUCAUGCACUCACUCUCAAAUCAAAGAGAUACCACAAAUGAAAAGAAUCAUUGUGGCCUUCGAUUAAGUUCAUCACCUAUUGAAAAAUCGGAUGCAGUUGUUCCACAAACAAUCCUUGCUCGUAUGAAUGAACUCAAAAUGCAAGGAUGCGAAGUUAUUAUUUAUAUUCUCAAUCAAGUCGGUGAUGACAUUUAUCAUGCAAUUAAAUUCUUUGGCAAUGUUAAACUUGGUAUCGUUACACAAUGUACACGUUUCGAUCGACUCAUGUCAAAUAGUGAUCCUCGGAAAAUGGAUAUGUAUAUUCAAAAUUUAGUACAAAAAUUCAAUGCAAAAUUAGGUGGUGUUAAUCAACUUGUUUCAUUAAUGCGUGCAUUAACAUCUCCAUCAGCUCGAUCUGAUAUUUUUAUGUUCUUUGGUAUCGAUUGUACACAUAUAACAUGUUCACGUGAACGACCAUCGAUUGCUGCUGUUAUUGAUUCGAUUAACAUCUUCAUCAGCAACAUUUGA